CUGAACACCAACAUCAACCAUCUUGCUCCAUAGUGCUCUGAUUCCCCAAAUUUUAGGAGGGAAAAUACACCAUCAUGACCAUCAGAUCUCGCCUCAGGGAAGGUGUGAGUGGCCGGGGGUGGCUGGUGUGUCGCUUGUGGGCGUGUCGCGGAGGUGUGGGCGUGGCGCUUGUGGUAGUGGGCGUGUUUUACACCCUCACUCGCACGUACACAGAUUAUUUGCUACGCUCAUUGGAAGGCCCCAUAGAGGAAGAUAAUCCAGAAUUACUGCGGUACAUAAGAGCAGAGUUGCUGAAGCCGCCCUCCAGCGAGCCUUAUAAUCUCUUGGGGAAGAAAAACAUCGCUUCGCGCGAGCCUGAGAAGAGCGAGAUGUUUUAUAACGAGACACUGAGGACACUCUUCAACGGCAAGCGUGGUGGAUUCUUCGUGGAGGCCGGGGCGCUUGACGGGGAGACCAUGUCCAACACGCUGUGGCUAGAGCAGGAGGCCGCCUGGGAGGGUCUCCUGGUGGAGGCAGAUCACAUCGCCUUCCUCGAACUUGUCUCCAAGCACAGGAGAGCCUGGGUAGCCAACGUCUGUCUGGCUCCCAACCCAUACCCCUCCAAGGAGAUGUUCAGUAUUCUUCCUCACUUCCCCGGUCCUAUGGCUUGGGGUCUGGGCUUCAAGACGAGGGCCAUGCACGGACUCACUCGCUUCUCCAGCAACAAAGCGAUCGGUAACUCGUGGUUCCAGAAGGUGCAGUGCGUGCCGCUGGAGUCCCUCCUGCUGGCGAUGGGAGUGACCAGGGUCGAUCUUCUUGUACUCGACGUCGAAGGCGCAGAGCUUGCUAUCUUGGGCCAUUUUGACCUGCAAAAAUUCGACGUCCAGGUUGUCUGUGUAGAGUGGAAGAAGGCGGAUGAACUGGAUGAGGUGUCGAGGCAGCUGAGUGAACGAGGGUACCAGGAGGCAGCCAGGGACUUCGAGGAUCUUAUACUCAUUAAGAAGGGGUCAGAGUUCCAAGGUCGACUCCCUAAGAACAGGAGAAGAUAAUAAGGAUGGGGGAAGCACUGUAACAGGCCUACUGGCUCAUGAUAGUCAAGUAACAUUUAUUAUUAUUAUUAUUAUUCAGUUAAGCACUAAUGUAUGCCUAUAAUAACUGUGUUUAGUGCUGCCACUGAGUAAAUGUAUAACCGGAUGCAAAGUCAUAGAUAUUACUUGACUUACCCAAAAACUAAAAUGGGGAAAAAUCCUUUAUUAGGCUAUCCCAAGUUAAAUCUACUUAACUUAAUAUUUAGCUAAAUGCUCAGAAAAUACAUUUUUUUUUUUUAAGAAUGGUCUUUAUGGGAUAUAUUGAGGCACAAGUACAUUAUGUAGAUUUACAGGAGGAUAACCUAAUGAAGUCAAAUAAUUUCUGUAUGCCGUAUCUCUGUGUCUCUAAAGACAGGGAGCCAGGGCCGGGUCAUCAUCUGGAAAAGACCCGGACCGGGAGAGUACCGGCGAAUCAAGAACAAACAAGCCAAGACCACUGCAAGAAUUGAAACUUAUUUCUCUUAUGUU